AUGCAGCUGAAUUCGGAUCUACACCAGAGAAUACACACGGGAGAGAAACCCUUCAAGUGCAGUGUGUGUGCGAAGGCAUUUUCUCAUUCAUCUGUUCUUAAAAAACACCAGAGAACACACACAGGAGAGAAACCCUUCAAGUGCAGUGUGUGUAGCAUGGCAUUUUCACGGUCAUCUUCUCUUAAAAAUCACCAUAGAACACACACAGGAGAGAAACCCUUCAGGUGCAUUCUGUGCGGGAAAUCCUUUGCAAAGUCACAUAAUCUUGUAAUACAUCAGAGAACACACACGGGAGUGAAACCUUUCAGGUGCACAAUUUGCGGGAAGGCGUUUGCACAAGCAUCUGUUGUUCAGACCCACCAGAGAAUACACACAGGAGAGAAACCCUUCAAGUGCACUGUGUGUGGGAAGGCAUUUUCACUGUCAUCUUCUUUUAAAAAACACCAGAGAACACACACGGGAGAGAAACACUUCAAGUGCAGUGUGUGUGGGAAAGCGUUUGCACAUUCAUCUACUCUUGUAAGACACCAGAGAAUACACACGGGAGAGAAACCCUUUAAGUGCAGUGUGUGUGCGAAGGCAUUUUCACUGUCAUCUGUUCUUAAAAAACACCAGAGAACACACACAGGAGAGAAACCCUUCAAGUGCACUGUGUGUAGCAUGGCAUUUUCACAGUCAUCUGAUCUUAAAAAACAUCAGAGAACACACACAGGAGAG